AUGGAAUGUGCCCGAAGCUUAUCCUCGAAUCUGCUGGGUCCUCUGCGAGCUGUUCAGGCGGCGACGAAGUCCUGCACGGUUGCUCCAGUUACAGCCAGGGAGUCCACCACCCACCUCCGCCGGAACAGCGCUUCGGCGGCGUUGGAGACGCCGCGGCCGACACCGUGCGCGUUUGCUACAGAGAGUUACAAGGAUGCGCAGGCAGCUGGUUUGAGCCACUUGCGUAACACAGCACGAUGCCGGAGCAAGAUGGUGGUUCCGGAGCCACUCGGAGAAGUUCCACCCUGGGCAGCCGAUGUGGCUCCGCAGUCGAGGAGAUGGAGCUGCGACAGCUCCAAGAGAGCCAAUCGGAGUCAGGUGCUGGCCUCCCCCACGUCCUCCGUGGCAUCAACGCGAACACCGAGUCCUGGGAUGCCGCAGGCCGUUGGGCCUGUGGCGAUGUGGGCCGAACGUGUACGACGCGCAGAGCAGGCGAUGCUCCAGAAAGACUUAACCAUUGAAUGCCUGGAGGAGCGUGUCCGGCAGCUGGAGCAGAGCACCCAGAGAUGUGGCCAGAGCAGCAGCACAAGCAGCUCUCUCACAUCCAUUCGAGGACAGAUGCCAUAUCAGGGAGACGAUGAAGCUUCAGAUGCAGGAAGCUUGAAUGCCGAGAUGGAUGCAGCCGUCGCCAAGAGCGAAGCACUGCUCCGGAGGAUGUCGGCACUCGAUUACUCAGCAGAACCAGAGCUGCAGUGGGCGGCGAUGAUGGCAGCACACGAGGAGAGCAAGGAGAAGCUGUCGCAGAUUGAGCAGCUGGUUCAGCGCCGGAUUGAGCAGCUGAAACCAGGGGAUCGUGAGCUGAAGAUUUGUCGGGCUGUACGUGGAGUCUGCGUUUCGUCCCAGAGAUCCGUGCAUGGUGCUGAGACGUCGUUUGAUUGCCGUUCUGAUGCUGCGCGAGAUGGAAAUGCCUGCUUGCUCGACGGAGUUAGCAAUGUUCAUUGCCCACAGACUUGUCUCCAACCUUCAUUCUCAGAGCUUGCCUGA